AUGUCUUGGUCUUUACCCUUUUUUCCAUAUCCGCCUGCAAAGGACGGAUACUGGGAGCCCGUCACCUCUACCUUGAACUGGUGCGAAGAGGACUAUUAUGCCACCGAGUAUGCCGCGGAGAUUGUCAACACACUCACGAAUUUGCUGUUCAUGUGGCUUGGAAUCCAGGGCAUACGGAGCUGCCGUCGCAAUGGACAUGACCAAAUCUUCACCGUUGCCCUCCUUGGCUACCUAGUAGUCGGAACAGGGAGCUUCCUGUUUCACUCGACCCUCAAAUGCAAGUCUCUCUAUACCCCUCUCAAGCCCAGGAUCUGGUUAAAGCAUCCUAUGCAACUAGUGGACGAACUAUCAAUGAUUUAUACCACCUGCCUUAUGGCCUACGCCUCAUUCUCGUACUCCCGGUCCACCACCACACGUGUCUGUCUCGGAAUUGCGCUGGCAGGUCUCGCCGUAUUCAUCACCCUGUACUACCACUACCUCCAAGACCCAGUCUUCCACCAGAACGCCUUCGCGCUCUUGACUAUCAUCGUAGUCGUGCGCAGCAUGUACACCAUGGAAGUGACCCUUCGACCCAAAUGGCGCCACUCGACGGAGGAGGACCGCCUAGCGCGCCAGAAGAAGGGACUCCCCGUUCCGACGAAGGAGCGCCAGCACUAUGAGAACGUGCGCAACGAGAAGACGCUCAAGACCAUGUGGUUCAUGGUCAUAUAUGGACUGAGCAUGUUUUUGGGAGGUUUCUUCAUCUGGAACUUGGAUAACGUGUUCUGCUCUGAGAUCCGUCGGAUGCGCCGCUCUGUUGGCCUUCCAUGGGGUAUCCUUUUGGAGGGGCAUGGCUGGUGGCAUAUCAUGACUGGCAUCGGUGCUUACCUCUAUAUCAUGUGGGGAAUUUGGCUCCGCCACUGCCUCAAUGACCGACAAGACGAAUACCACCUGCGCUGGGCGCACUUCUGGCAGAUCCCCGAAGUGAUCCGCACCUCGGGUGGGCCAUCCGACAAUGGGGUAUCCCGAGCCAAGAAGUCAACGUGA